CAGAACAAUGCGAAUCCAUGCAGCAGUUCUGGCACUCUUCGCGGCGGUCGCUGCCGCCGUCCAGUCCACAGACCGAUCUCUGGGCGCUCUGGUCGACUGCCCAGCCGUUCGCUCUGCAGACUCGUCAUGCCUCUGGGCAGGCGUGAACGGAGACGUGGUGGACUCGCGCACUCUGCGUGAGCUCCUCAUCGAGCACAACUAUGUGUCCUACAGCGACAGGGAAGCCUAUAGACGCAACCUGCAGGAGCACAUGACGUACAUCGAAGACGUGAGUAUGUACGCGAAAAAUAUUGGGCACGAGUUCUCGUAUCACAUGGGCGUGAAUGAGCGCCACUUGACGUCGUCCACCAAGCGCAAGCUAACGCCCGAGGAAUUCGUCGACCAGGAGGUCUUCUCCGCGUACUCGCGCCGCCUCCAGGCCACUACGAACAGCACCGUGUCGAGUUCAGGCAGCUCAGAAUAUUGGAAUUGGUGCGACUCGGACAACUCCGUGGGUCACAGCGUGUGCUCUCCUGUGAAGAGUCAGAAGAGCUGCGGUAGCUGCUGGUCCUUUGUCGCCGCAGACGCGAUUGAGACGGCCGUGGUGAUCGCGGAGAACGCGUCGGCCGCUGUGUCCCUAUCGCCGCAGCAGUUCCUGACUUGCAGCACCUUGCAAACGACCCAGACGUUUGAAUAUUGCUGGGCCUCGGACAGCGGCGUGGACGGCGCCACUUGGAUGCAGUCCGAGAUCAAGUGGGAGUCUCAGAACGACGGAUGCAAUGGCGGCAUGACGCACGGGGCCUUUAUAGACGCGGCCCAGAACGGCUGGGGUCUGGUGACGGAGCUCACGAUGCCGUACGACGACUCGAGUUCAGGAAGCUCGUCAGCUUCCAACACUUCAUCGGUGUGCACCGUCAGUGCCGAUGAGGCUGCCGCGAGCAUUACGGGCUGGGAGCAGAUCGUGGGUGCCGACUGCACAACUUCCAGCAACUGCACCACGUUGCUGCGCUCAGCGCUGGAGAAACAGCCCAUUGCUGUGGCCAUCACGUCGAACGGCGGCUUCGGCGAGUACGCUGGCGGGUUCUACAACUGCCCCAACAACGGAGAGAUGGCGUCCAAGAACGACCUCAACCACGCGCUGCUGCUGGUGGGCUACGGAAGCGACUCGUCGGUCGGUGACUACUGGAUCCUCAAGAACUCGUACGGCAGUUCGUGGGGCGACAGCGGCUUCAUCAAGCUGGUGGCGGAUGCCAAGAUCAACUGCGGGUUGAACGUGUUCCCCGUCAUCCCCACCGGCGCCAAGGCCGGUGCUCAGGCGAGUACCAGCGUUGACAGCGGCGGCGACAAGAUAUUCGUUGGGCUCAGCCCAGCGGCUUGGAUCGCCGUUGCAGCGGUGACUACUAUUUUCACGCUGGUGACCACGGCCAUCGGCAUCGGGGUGUCGAACCGGAAGCUCAAGACCAUCCGCGAGCAGAACUCGGCCAUGUACGCGGCAUCAAACACGCCCGCGGCGACUUAG